AUGGAUGCAGGAUCAAUGAGUUCUUCGUCUAUCUUGAAGUCAGAUUCUAGGUGCCCUCUUCGAGAACAGUUUCUUCAGAAAAGGAAUUCUAGGGAAAAUCUGGACAGGUUCAUCCCCAACAGAUCAGCGAUGGAUUUUGAUUUCGCUCACUUCAUGCUGACUGAAGGUAGGAAAGGUAAGGAAAACCCAGCUAUGGUAUCUUCCCCGUCUAGAGAGGCCUAUCGGAAGCAGUUGGCUGAGGCCAUGAACAUGAACCGGACACGAAUCCUUGCUUUCAAGAACAAGCCUCCGGCCCCUGUAGAGCUCUUCCCACGCGAGUUCUCUUCUUUACCACAAGAUAAACCAGCAAAGCCCCGAAGGCACAUUCCUCAAACUUCAGAGAGGACACUGGAUGCUCCCGACCUAGUGGAUGAUUACUACCUGAAUUUGUUGGAUUGGGGAAGCUGCAAUGUUCUCGCGAUAGCUCUUGCAAACACAGUUUAUUUGUGGGAUGCUACCAAUGGUUCUACUUCGGAGCUUGCCACAUUUGAGGAUGAAGUCGGACCUGUUACCAGUGUCAGCUGGGCGCCUGAUGGACGCCACAUUGCCAUUGGACUGGACAAUUCUGAAGUACAGUUGUGGGAUUCAACUGCUAAUAAGCAGCUGAGAACUUUGAGAGGUUGCCACAGAUCGCGAGUAGGCUCAUUGGCAUGGAACAAUCAUAUUCUUACAACAGGAGGAAUGGAUGGCUGUAUCGUUAAUAAUGAUGUAAGAGUUAGAUCACACAUUGUUGAGACAUACAGAGGACAUGAACAAGAGGUUUGUGGGCUUAAAUGGUCAGCCUCAGGCCAGCAAUUAGCUAGUGGAGGAAAUGAUAACCUCCUCCAUAUAUGGGACAGAUCAGUGGCAUCUUCUAAUUCACCAACUCAGUGGCUUCACAGGCUUGAAGACCAUACAGCUGCUGUGAAAGCCCUUGCUUGGUGUCCUUUCCAGGGCAACUUAUUAGCUUCUGGUGGAGGUGGGGGUGAUCGGUGCAUAAAGUUUUGGAACACCCACACAGGUGCAUGCCUGAACUCAGUCGACACUGGCUCUCAGGUUUGUGCUUUGCUGUGGAACAAGAAUGAAAGAGAGCUGCUUAGUUCACAUGGAUUUACCCAAAAUCAGCUUACUCUUUGGAAGUACCCCUCAAUGGCUAAAAUUGCAGAACUCACUGGCCAUACUUCUAGAGUUCUUUAUAUGGCUCAGAGCCCAGAUGGUUGCACAGUGGCAUCAGCAGCUGGUGAUGAAACACUGCGAUUCUGGAAUGUGUUUGGGGUCCCUGAGGUGGCUAAACCAGCUCCCAAAUCUAACCCUGAGCCUUUUGCUCAUUUGAAUCGUAUCCGCUGA